AUGGUGCGGUUCGCUUCCAUCCUCCUUGCAUCCUUCUGCGUAAGUUUCAUGGUCGCCAUCGAGACCUCUCCGUUGAAGGCUAUUCCUUUGCCUAAUGGGGAGUAUGUCCCCUACGACCCAAUGGUAGACGGAAACCUCAUCUUCAAUGCUCAGGAGCAGACCUUCGACAUCAAGACUACAGUCGACGGUUGCCACCUUGAUGUCACGGGAAUGACGUUUUCCGCACCUACUCCCACUGAGACUAAGUACAAGUACAACAUUGCUAUCGGUUAUGACAAGACUGACCUCGAGAUCCAGGUCAAAAAAUGUGUGAAUACUCCGGUUACUAUUGACGACUUCGCAAAACCUCUAGAUUAUUAUUAUUGUGUUGCUGAAAAGAUGAAGAGGAACGCCAUAGUUGCGCAUUGGGGCAAGGCCCCCAGUAUGUUCACCCAUGAGGAUAAAUAA